ACACCUUUCUCUCAGACACCAUCAAACUCACAAUGCACUUCAAAGCCAUCACUUUACUUCUUGUCUUUAUGACAAUUUCAUCCGUCUUUGCUGCCCCAAUGGGUAAGGAGAGCGAAUCAGAAUCCGUUAAGCGUGGAAAGUUUUCAAGCGAAGGAGGCUAUUGUCCGGGCGGUCAUCAACACUGUGUUUGAAGGGAUGCAAGAGAAAAGAUAUCUGCAAACCAGAGAGUGGUUCGGGCGGGUGUACUUGUAGCUCCACCACGCGUUGAAUUUAUGAUGUUGUAUUGAAUAUUGUUUGUUUGUUUGAUCGC